AAUAGAGGAGAUGUGCAGAGAGGUAACAUUAAUGCUAUGUGUCCUGUCCAUGUGCAUUAUACCGGAGUGCAGGGUAUGAGGGGGCUCUUUUAUAGGCUGCACCUACUGUAACUACUUACCAACAUUAGCAGCAAGCAAAGAAAACAGCCCAGGGACACUGGGAUUCCACGCAUGUCACUGUCACACCCUGAUGCGUGUUACCUGCUUCUACUCCGCUGAGUACUCCUUCCGUCUGCCUCCGCUCAUACAGUACACGCCUGCAUGUAGUAUACUAUACAGAGACAUAGACUGCGCUAUUUCCAUAUAACACCGGACAAAAGUAUCUCACACAGGAGUUUCCAGAGGUGCCCACAUCAUGCCCGUUACCCAGCAGCUGCUGUGGCGAGGAUUAGGCUGGCACUGUUUAUCCCAUGAGAGUAUUUCUCAGCACCAUGUAAAAUUACAACAAAAACAAAAAAUAUUCCAAAACAAUCUGUAUUCCUGUUUAUGUGGGAUCUACUGAGGGGCACAUCCAUGUAAUACUGUAUACUGUAAUGGGUAUUCCUGAGCACAAAUUUCUUGUGUUUCUAAGAUACCAGAUCUACUAUGAUUAUCCUAUGGAAACCUAUCUGGAAUAUCCAAUACUAAUAGCACAAGAUGCUAUUCUACUUCUGUUUAUCUUUCACUACUCUGGAAGUGUGCGAAAUGCGUUGUUUUACUUUGGGAUGUUUUUUGGCCUUUGGAACAUUUUGGUCCUCCAGAAAUGGAUUAUAGACUUAGCACUGAAUUUAUGCACCGUGAUCAGCGCCUCAAGCAAGUUCCUACAGCUUCAGCACCUGUGGAGCACACAAGACUCGGGCCAGGCCAGUGCCCUGACAUGGGGCAUGGCAACAUAUACCUGCAUUAGCUCUAUGAGUCCACGUCUCCAAGUGCCGUAUGCAGACACCUCAGUCACGGUGGUAUUCCCCCGAUCUCCGUUUGCUCCACAAAUGAUGCUGCUGGAUGAAGCUAGGAUAUUUACCACGCUAAUGACCACUGGAGACAAAGCAGUUCUGCUUCGGUUCGUUGUGAUGUUGAUUCUCAAUACCUGGGUCACGCUGGUCAUCUUGAAAUACAGAAAGACGACGGACAAGAAAGAGGAUAAGAAAAACGACUAGCUCUCACACGGCGCACUAAUGUGACCAUUUCUUUCAGAUCUGUAACAAACCAACCAACUGACGGCUUGUAAUCAGCAAGAAAUGAUGUGUACAGAAAAAUAGUGCUCUGUGCAUACACAUUAUAUUACACUAUGUGAAAUGAAAAUCCAAUCUAUGAUCCUAUAAGGGCAUUGAAAUAUAAAUAUACAGGUAGAAUAUAUAUAGCCUUAUAUCACCCCUGAAAUACUACUGGAUUGGUCAGUUUUCAAACCAAACCUCCUGCUGCAUUACUUUAGCAUUAUCUUCUAGGGGUGGCAGAAGUAUUUGAAUACGGGAUGUACAGAAGUGUUUGAUUACCUACAUGCAUGGCUGAGACUAGGAAUAUUGCUAGGGGGCGGAAAUCAGGAAUGCACACGGACCAUUUAUCUCAAGGUGGAGUCAGGCCUGCCAACUAAUGUAUUUUAUGUGCCGUCACAGCUGCCGGUUGGGCAGUGUCACUUGCAGAGGGUGCGCAUCCAUUACCAAAACUUCACCACUCAACCUUAAAUUUGUAUGGUGGCGGCACAGUACUGACGUGCAGAUAUUCCGAGCAUCAAAGUACAUUUAUACCACAAAAUGGUAUAGAGAGUCCAGUCAGGGCAUAAGCUGCUCUUAUCCUACAGCCACUCAGCCUAUGUGGACAUGAGGUAAUCUCUGUUCAGAAAGAGAAUACAGGAUUGGAGACAGGCAGUGGUCAGUAUUUGUAAAAUACAAUGUGUUAAAUAUAUAAAGUCCAGACCAUUAUUACUCCCAAAGGCUUUGAUACAGCUGAAAGGGUAAAUAAAUUGGUGGUUUGGACACCACCCUAUGGAAAUAAUGAGGCCUGGGGAUGGUGCAAAUAGUCUACUGUCCAAUAGGAUGGUAGUCGAUGACACUGAUGUUACAGUAUAUGAGAACACUGGAGUUAAUUAUUUGUGGUGGCAUAUGACAAGGGUAAAUAUAGCAGUGCUAGGUUUUAUAGGGGCACAUGGCCCUCUGGUUUUUUUUAUAUGGGCGCAGGGUUUUGUGAGGUGCCAGAUCUUUCUGCGCUGGCAGUGCAAGGGUUAUUGUGCGGUGUUAAUAUGCAGUGUUUCCUUGAAACGCGGCACCUAAUGGCCUUAGAAAUACUCCAUCUGCCUUCAGUUAGAGACAUGACAUGUAUGUGAGGUCAUAUUUGCCUGCUGUUAAUCACCAACCUGAUCUGGGUGGCUGUAUAAUGGUAUCAGUGGAGAGUAUACUGUAAUAAACUUGUUUUAUUUA